AUGACUGAUCUUCGCAAACGUGUAUACUCGAUGCUUGGACAAAAUACUAAUUUGAAAAAUAAUGAUAUAGUAAAACAUUUUGUUCAAGAAGGUUUUAAAAGGCGAACACUUUAUAAUAUAAUAAAACGUUAUGAAAUGGAUCUGCCAGUCGAAGACUUGCCAAGAAGCGGUCGUCCAACAUCUUUCAAAAGAAAAAACCUGAAACGUUUACAGAAUGCUGCUAUAAAUUGUAUUGGAGUUAGUCAACGAAAAUUAGGAAGAAAAUUUGGUGUUGCUCAAUCAACUAUUCAUUAUAAUUUGAAGAAACUUGGUCUUAAACAUUAUAAACGUCAGAAGGCGCCAAAGUAUAGUGAAAAUCAAGUUGAACAAAUACCAAAAAAGUGCCGAAAAAUGAGGCGCCAAAUGUUAACAUCCAACACUUUCAUUAUCGUCGAUGAUGAAAAAUAUUUUACCUUCUCUAAUGAUGAUAUGCCACAAAAUGUUGGUUUUUACGCUUUUGGCAAAGAAGAUGUUCCUGAUAAUGUGAAAUUUAAAACGAAAGAGAAAUAUCCAAAAAAGGUUUUAGUUUGGUUGGCGUUGUCAGCCAAAGGUAUAUCGACACCUUAUAUUGGUAGUACAAAAGGUCCAGCCAUUACUGCAGACAUUUACGUUAAUAAAUGUUUAAGCAAACUUCGUUCGUUUAUUGAAGAAUAUCAUGCUGGUGAUGAAUAUAUAUUUUGGCCUGAUCUAGCAUCGUCUCACUAUGCAAAUAAAACAACACGAUGGCUUCAUGAACAAAACAUAAAAUUUGUACCAAAACAAGAUAAUCCACCAAAUGUUCCACAAGCUCGACCAAUAGAAGACUUCUGGUCAAUUCUUGCUGGCAAAGUAUACGAGGGAGGUUGGGAAUCAAAAACAGAAUUACAAUUGAAAAGAAGAAUUUAUCAGAAGAUAAAAGAAAUCGAUAUGAAUGUUGUCCAACAUAUGAUGAUGAGUAUACGAACAAAAUUAAGAAAGAUAGAAGAUAAAGGGCCGUUUUCUCUUGUUUGA